GCUGUCAAAUCGGCGCUGAACCAUCGCCGGGCCGUCCGGAACGGAGCAGCGGUCAGCGGCCGUGCAAUGGAGAGGUGAUUGUGAACGCGCGCCCGAAGUCGUGCCCGCCUUCAAUCCUGACAGAUACUCCGUCAAGAAAUGUUCAAAUCGUACUCGCGUCUCCGAGAUGGAAAGGUGGCGACGCUUCCACCGAUCGGCUCACGGACUGCCGACAACAGGGUGAGCUUGGCGCCGGAGGCCCUGAACCGGAGGCUGAGCCUGGUGGCCGCUGUGAUCAAGCCACCGGGCGACAGUGCAUCCCCGACAGAGGACAACACGCCCUCCGGAAGCUACUCGAGUUUCGAUGCAGUCGUCCGUGACCGAAUACUCCAGGACAAGAAGACCGACGUGGAUGUCCGUGGAGAGCCGACGGUGACCUUCCGCAAGGAUGGGGAGCAGACGGGCAUAGACCUGGAGGCGAAGGAUGCCUUGGCGCAGCUCAGGGUGGGCGAAGAUGCCCCCGUUUUGGAAAGGGACCUAAUACUAGCAAGUGCACUCGUUAGGGAUGCCAUGGAGAGCUAUCAUUCGGAUUUCAAGAUGACUGAGAAAGCAGUCAGAAUAUACAAUAUCUAUCACCACUGGGGUCUGCAGUUGGUCCUGUACAUUUUCAUUCUAAUCAACCAUCUCCUGGCUGUUUUCGAAAGGCCUGCUGUUCAUGGCUGCGAGCUUCCCAUUUGGGCCACCAUGCUGAUAGAAUUUGUUUGCCUGAGUUUCUACACAUUCCGGCUUGCGCAAACUGCCAGCUUCAGCAGAGCGGAGGUAUUCUGGAAGGACCCCAAGAACCUGGUCGUCAUGGGCGUGGUUGGGGUCACUCUCAUAGACAUGGUGAUCUUCUCGGCCAUGGAGAUGGGUGGCUUGGCUGGCAUGGGUAUCCGCUGCACGAGGCCACUCAGGCCGUUCCUCAUGGUCAACUUCGCGGAGAACAAACAGGUUCGUCGUGCUGUGCGAAAUAUUCGCAAUACACUCAAAGAGAUUAUCUACGCACUCAUCCUGCUCUUUAUGAGCAUUGCUCUCUUCUCACUGCUUGCCCUAAAGCUGUUCCAACGAAGAUCUUUAUUCUACCCGGACGGUCGUCCAUACUUCAAGGACUACUUUGACAUUUACUUCAGCCUGUAUGUUUUAAUUACUACUGCAAAUAAUCCUGAUGUAAUGAUGCCUGCUUACAACGACAAUUCCUGGUUUGCCCUCUUCUUCGUCGUCUACACACUUAUCUGCCUUUACAUAUUCAUGAACAUAAUUUUGGCCGUCAUAUACUACAACUAUCGUGAGAAUCUCAAGGUGGAAGUGCAGAACAUGGUUGGAGUGAAGCGCGACAACCUGUCUCGUGCCUUUGACCUCCUAAAAGUUCGUGAUGGAGAUUCCUUCGUUAUCACGUACAGCCGGUUUGUAGCACUGCUCGAUAAGAUACCACCGGCAAGAAGUGAAAUCACGAAAAAAAUUCUUUGGUAUGUGCUCGACCAGAAUGGGGACAACAAAGUGGAUCUUCCGGAUUUCAUGUACCUUGCUGACCUGCUGAAUGUACAAAUAGUUGAAACUGAAGAGACUCAGAACUGCUUUGAGAAGUUCAUGCCAAGGAUCUACAACUGUUUUGUGUCCCAAUGGAUUCGCACUGUGACAGCUCAUCUUUUCUUCAGAUACCUUUUUGACCUGCUGAUUCUAGUCAAUGCCAUAGUCAUCGGACUGGACGUAUACGAAGCGGAGUGGUUCUUUCUCACAGUCUUCAGUGUUGAGAUUUUGCUCAAAAUUUACGCUUUUGGAUUUGUAGACUUCAUGAAGCAAGCAUGGAAUGUAUUUGACUUUGUCAUCAUUGGCUCUGCAGUGAUCGGAACACUAUAUGAAGUAGCCAUUGGAGCAUCAAGCAACAGCAGGACAUUGACUCUUGACAUUCUGUUGGUCUUGCGAGUCCUGCGACUUGUAAAGCUGAUCCGCAACUUCAAAAAGUUUCGUGGAAUUAUAAACACCAUCACAAACCUUGGGCCGUCGAUACUGACAUUUGGUGGCGUUUUGUUUGCUGUAUAUUAUGUGUACGCUGUGAUUGGCAUGGAGCUUUAUCGAGACAAAAUUUCGUUCUACGGUGGCUUCAACGGAACGCAUUCUAUGGAGACAGAGCUGUACUGCGGCAAUACCAAACUAAAGCACUCUGCCUUUUACGCGACGGGCUACUGCAAGAACAACUUCAACGACAUCUUCAGCUCCUUUGUCGUCCUCUUUGAGCUGAUGGUCGUCAAUCAGUGGCACAUCUUGACUGAGGGAUUCGUUCACGUCACGAGCAAGGCUGCCCGGCUGUAUUUCCUGCUGUUCCACCUGUCUUGUGUCGUCAUCGUGUUGAACAUCUUCACAGCAUUUGUGCUGGAAGCCUUCCUCCUGGAGUACACAAUUGACAAGACCAAGCUUGAAAGUGCUGUGGAAACCAAGAUUGGAGAGAUGGGGCUCAAGUAUGGAAAGCACCCACGGAAUAAAUGCUCCAAAGACGAAAGCGGCGAUGGCAAGUCCGAGUUUCCUGGAGUGUACGUUGACUCUGACCACAACGUUCUAGAGGACAGCUUGGACAGGCCAGACACUGCGAGAAACCCGAAUGUUCCUGACAUGUCCGAUAGUGUGAAAAGCAGGUUUCACAUCAUGAAGAAGAGAAGGGUCGAGGACAUCUUGGUGAUGAUGUUUGAAGAUGAACUCGAAGAGCUCGAAAUCAUGGCCAUGGCUGCUGCUAAUGUGUCGUGUACCUGUCCGUGCACUUGUGGAAAGAAACAGGCUGCAGUGUAAUGGCUACUUUAGCACGUCAUGGCAGAGCAGUCUCAUGGCUUUUCAUGUUUGAUUGGGGCUGUGUGCGCUGAGGCACUUCAGCUGCUUCUAAAUUGUGCAUGCGGUCUUUCUGUCUGCAUUGUACAAGGCUUUGAGAGUACUGUAUUAUGCAAUCACCAGCAAGCCAAGCUUGCUUACGAGACUUACGAGACUGAAUUUCAAUACUGAGUCUGUAAUAAUUGUGCAAUAUUGCAUCGCCAAUACUUAAUCUUUUUUUUUUCUUUUUUUCUUUUGUGCGCAGCUUAUGUAGGUUCAUUUUGAACCGAGUUUUCUUCUUAGCCAAUGAAAUUGCUCAGAACAUUCUACAGUUCUGUUGAUUAACUGGCCUGCAGCUGCUCCAAUUUGCUGUGCAAGAUACAUCGACGUAACUUUAUAGUGAUCGCGUGGCAUCAGAGAGCCUUCCUAUUUACAAGUGUGACACCCAGUGUCCUGUAUACCAAUUUCAUUCCAUUUUGCAUGAUUAUUUAGCUAGCUUAUACAUGUAUUUGUACUUUUGUAUAUAAUUACUUUAGAGGGGUUUGGCUCUUGGCACAGAUGCAUGUAUAACGCCGGGGCUUCCGAACAAUGUCAUUGCAGCUACAGUGAUCGGCAGCAAGUGGCCAUGUUUUAUAUGUGCGUAGGCUAAGCCUGCUGUAUUUAUAAAUAAACUUUACUCUGUUGAUUAUCUUUGAAAGAA